AUGCUUGGCCGUUCUCACAACAAUCUACGCGCUCUGUCGCGGAGCGGGCGCGUCUUUGGAGCGCGGAUAGACAGCCCUUUGUCUCAGCAACCCGUUCGGCGCAAAUCAGGUCCGUAUGGCUACACUCAGGCCAAGGCUCUCGUCUUCUCUAAAAAUGGAGAGCCAUCCGAUGUGCUCCAGCUGCACACAUAUUCCAUAUCUCCCUCGCUCUCUUCCAAAUCCGUCUUGCUGCGGUCUCUUGCGGCUCCCGUUAACCCUGCGGAUAUAAACACCAUUCAAGGGACGUACGGCGCCCAGCCCAGCUUCACAUCUUUGAUAGGGACGCCCAGCCCGUCGGCCAUCGCGGGAAAUGAAGGUGUCUUCGAGGUUCUUGCAACGGGGGAUCCGGCAUCACCCAUUCGCAAAGGAGAUUGGGUCAUACCAGCCGUUGCGCAAUUCGGCACAUGGCGGACGCAUGCCGUGGCGGAGCUGGAUCAAGUCUUGAAGAUCAACAAGGAGGGGCUGCGUGCGACUCAGGCGGCAACCAUCUCUGUCAAUCCCAGCACAGCAUAUCGCAUUUUGAGGGCGUAUGGUCCCAGCACUGGAAUAAGCACCGGCCUUGGAAUGCGACCGCUGGAGGUUGGCAGUGGUGAGUGGUUCAUCCAGAACGGAGCAAACUCGGGGGUUGGAAGGGCCGCUAUACAGCUCGGUAAGCUCUGGGGGCUGAGGAGCAUCAACGUCGUUCGGGAGCGAAGCUCUCCUGAAGAAACCGAGGCGUUGAGAGCAGAGCUCGUUGGGCUUGGAGCCGAUGUAGUCGUAACAGAAGCACAGUUUUUGUCACGGCAGUGGAAAGACCAGCUCGCAGAUAUCACAAACAACGGCCGCGAGCAGAUUGGGCUGGGCCUGAAUUGCGUCGGCGGCAAAUCUGCAACGGCCCUCGCUCGCUCGCUCAGCGAAGGUGCUUCGAUGGUGUCGUAUGGUGGCAUGGCCAAGCAGCCAGUUGCUCUUCCUGUCGGCCUGCUCAUCUUCAAAGACAUUCGCUUUGUUGGCUUCUGGCUUUCUCGAUGGAAUCAGCAGGAUGUCACCGGGCGAAGGCAUAUGAUUGAUUACAUUGCUGACCUUAUCCGCGAAGGCAAAUUCCGGGAUGUUCCCCUGGAUGAAGUGGCGUGGAAUUGGGACACUGAUAUUUCGACCCUGGCACAAGAGGUGCAGGGCGGGCUACAAGGCUUCAGAAGUGGCAAGGGCAUAUUCGUGUUUGGCGAUACUUGAAUUGUCACACAAAAGUCAAGGCUGUAGUCGAACCCAUAUUC